AUGGCGGAAGCGUCAAAGAACAAGAACAAAGAAAAAGACGACAUACCUGAGGACACAAAUGCAAACGACAAAGAUGCAUCAAAGAAGAAAACAAACAGAGAAGUUCUGGAAAGCAAUUGUAAGCUGCCAAUAACAAUUCACAAUGAACAAGAAUUUUUGGUGCAGAAGCUCUCACUGAUACGAUUCCUAAAAAUCCCCCCCCAUACAUGGGAAACAGCUUCCUUACCCAACAAAGAUGCUAUGAGAGACGUGAUCAUAUGUAUGGACAAGGAAUACUGCGAGUUCUUUGGCGCAACCACUGUCUUACCAAAGAUACACAAGAUCUCAGCUCAAAUGAAUGAAGAACAAAGGAAAAAGAAACUUCAUGAGCUACAAACCAGGUUAGCGGAACUCAAAGAAUUAGAAAAGAAAUCCAAACAAAUCAUCGACUUAACCUUCAGCGAAGACACCCCAAUGCCCGAUUUUAGUGACCAUACAAUUGUCAUCCCCCCAAGAGUGAUUGUGUCAGAAGGAGGUUUAAAGUUCAACUCAGGAAAAGCACCAGAUGCAAAUUCAUUCGGCCUACCGUUAUUCUUCCAUAAAAAUAUGCAGUUGUUACAAGGCUCCUUACCAUUAACCAUCUUCAAUAAAGACUGGCAGCAAGCUGCGUCAGAUAAUCACACAGACUACAAGAAAUCCGAUAAAGAAAUUGAAAGAUAUCGGGGUCACCCGUUCCCAGGUGAAUGGUCUCAGUCGUGUUUCAAAUGGGGAGAAAACUUUGAUAAUCUUGUUGAAACUUGUAGAAAGGUCUACAAAUACAACACAUUCGCAAAUGAUUUGGAAAUUCAUCGAAGGAAAGUUAUCAAGAUUUUUAAAGACCAACGCUCUUGGACACGCUUGUUGACAGUCGUAGCCUUCCGCUAUGAUCUGACUAUACGGAAAGCAACCUUCGCGAUCAGGAACCCUAAUGAUAGUGUCCCAAAUCCCUCUAUAGAACCAGUCGGACUCGUCGAAGAGAUCUAUUGUUCAGCAAGAGCACAGGGUGACCUCAAUCUGGACGACAACCCGUACAGAAGAGGUGGUCUGAAAGCUGGAAGGAACCCAUAUUCCGACAUCAAUACAAACCCACCGGGGCCUCAAGCUAGCUCUGUAGCAGGUCCUUCACAAUCAAACUACAAGAGAUCACAAGGAAAAAGUCAAAGUCCUUACGGUAACUACAAAGGAAAGAAUUUUAAUCCUAACUACAAAAGACCAGACGGAAAAACCCACCAGAUGUAA